AUGGCCGACCAAGUGCUGAAGGAAAUGGACCAAAUGCUGGCAGCGCUGGCGAGAAUAAUGCCGGGAGAGCUUUCGAAAGAAGAGCACGACAGACUGGAGAAGAAGGCCAAUGCUGCUGUAUCGGCCAUUCGAUCACUUCGAAAUAUGUCGUCCCCAGUGCACAAGAUCCCCGUCGAGGUUCUAGCGGUCAUAUUUUCCCAUCUCAUCGACUUUGAGGCCCCCCAGAGCUUUCUCCCAGGCAUCACCCAAUUGAACCCGGUCAUCCAAACAGUUUCGCGAGUAUCCACGAAAUGGCGAGACGCUGCGCUUAGCUUCCCAAGUCUAUGGACAACCAUCUCCCAAUCCGAGGGUCCGUCGGCCCUGCUAGCGAUACAACGCUCUUGUGAUGCUCCCUUGAGGGUCUAUGCAAGCGGGGUUGUCCAUCCGCCUUCCGGAUGGACGAGUUGGAAUCCUGGGCCUCCCACGCCGGUGCUGUCUCCCAGCCCUUCGCAAAUGUCCACCCGUUUACUUGACGCCCUCAUCCCCCAUGCGCAGCGUAUAGAGGAAUUCCACAUCAUGGGGACGGAUGAGGACCCGGUCCGCGACAGCGCCCUGAUGACCAAACCCCUUCCAAACCUAAAGUCCUUGACCUUAUCCUUGGACUCUCCGAGCUGGACGCCCUUCGGUCAAAGUUGGAGUCCCCCGCAGCUAUUUGGUGGCGAAACUCCUCAAUUGCGACAACUGACUCUGCGAUGCGUUGCUACUUUUCCUUCGCACGUUUUCGCCGGGCUCACACACCUGUGUUUGAGCGGUCAACCUGAGCGUUUCACUUUGUCCCGUAUGUUAGAUAUGUUAGAAUUGUCGCCCCAACUCGAAGAACUCGACAUCCUAGGCACUAGCCCGCUAGCGGAUGAUAUGACUCACACCAAGGUCAUGAUGCCUAGCCUUCGUAGGCUCUGCCUCUCAGAGUGGAAUGCGUCCAUCUCCAUCGCCAGCUUUUUGGACUUCCUUAUCAUCCUUCAACCUAUUGAGUUCUACCUUUGGCUCGCCAUGGUAGACGCGCCUAUGGGGCCGCCGUCUGUGGCAAGCAUCUUUCCAUUGCAUGGCUCGCAAGGUGAUGGCCUCAAAGAGCUUCGAAUCACCAUGAGUGUGCGGGACGCUUAUCAGACCACGACCGGUCGCUCUUGGAGAAGCGAGCAUCAGUAUGGCCUCAUUUCCACGUCCGAUACGCUCCAGGUAGAUGGAAAGUUCCAACCGUCGGAAUUCAUCUUCGAAGCACCUACGGUGUUAACUCUUGGAGGGGUGCAAACAUUGUGGCUUGGGUCGGUCUAUAGGCCUGAACCGACUAUAGCAGAGUGGCGGACAUUCUUCUCGUCGUUGCGCUCCCUCGUCACCCUGGUCAUCAGCCGCCGGCCUUCUCAUGCAGUCAUAUCCGCCCUGACUUUACCAAAAGACGACCCAAACGGCGAGCUUCUCUGUCCGCACCUCGAGACGCUGCGUAUCUACGGUGAUCGCCUCCUCUCAGUCCUUCGCCUAUCUAUCUUCGCAGAGCAAAGAGACCGGCGCGACAGCCCCUUGAAGCUAGUCGAAGUUAUAUCAGACGGAAAGAAUCGACGUGACGGACAAGAUGAUGGGUAUGGUGGAUACGCUGGGAUACCGUACGGUUCCCCAUCCCCGUACCCUCCCGCCCCCACCCUAGAUGCCAACGGUGAUGCCCUCCCACCUUGGCCGGAGGCUGUAGUAUCAGACCUGCUGCAUUUGCAAGAGUAUGUCGAUAAAGUAGAGUAUAUGAAGGUCGAGAGGGAUCCUGAUUGGGACGUCGUACCUCAGUGGCCGCCCAGAGCGUUCUCAUGGGUAAAUGGUAUUUCGAAUCCGUGGGGUUACUCGUAG